AGAUUUGGCCGAGAGAAGUCAACGAAAGCUUUCAGAGUCCAGGCCGGGUUUUCAAAAGCAUUAAGACGGAAGUAACCGAGGGCCGGAAGUUUCACGGUCCGCACAGGGACAGAAGUGGGGAGGGGGGGGGGUUGAGGAAGGCUUGGGGUAGGAAUGGCGGCUCAAAUCCCAAUUGUGGCCACCACUUCCACUCCCGGGAUACCCCGGAACAGCAAGAAGAGGCCGGCCAGUCCUUCCCACAACGGCAGCAGCGCCGGAGGCUAUAGCGCCAGUAAGAAGAAAAAAGUGUCCGCCUCUGGUUUUGCGCAGGGGAUCAGCAUGGAAGGCAUGAGUGAGAAUAAAAUGGUGCCCUCUGAUUUUAGCACAGGAUCUAUGGAAAAAGCUGCCAAACCUUUGCCAUUUAAGGAUCCUAACUUUGUGCACUCUGGCCAUGGUGGUGCAGUAGCUGGCAAGAAGAACAGAACCUGGAAGAACCUGAAACAAAUUCUGGCUUCCGAAAGGGCAUUGCCAUGGCAACUGAACGAUCCUAACUACUUCAGUAUUGAUGCACCUCCAUCCUUUAAACCAGCUAAGAAGUAUUCUGAUGUUUCAGGACUUCUUGCCAACUACACUGACCCCCAGAGCAAGCUGCGCUUCAGCACCAUUGAAGAGUUUUCCUACAUUCGGAGGCUGCCGUCCGAUGUGGUCACUGGCUACCUGGCGCUGAGGAAGGCCACGAGCAUCGUGCCCUGAGCCCCCAGAAAUGGAGAUGAAGUGGAAAACUGUUUCAAAGGCAGACUUUGGACUCAAGAUUUUAUUUCAUGGAAACAAACUCAUUCUGCUGUCAAUCUGGAAAUGUCAGUGUUGUGCCUUGGAAAGAAUGUUUGGCUUUAAUUUAAGAUUUUCUUUUUUUUUUUUUUUCUGUUUUCCCUCCAAGUGUGAUAUUUCCUGUUGAAUUAAAUUAUACUUCAGUUGUUGCCUCGAGGAAAGUUAUUCAACAAGAAAAUAUAAAAUUGUGCUUUUAAUUUAA